AUGGCUGACGCUUCAAGCGCACAAGAAAAGAAGCCAAACCUGAUACAAGACAUAGUAGAUGUAGGCAAAAAGGCCUUCAACCCCGCCAGCGAUGCGGUCACCCGCGACACUGAGCGCCAGCGAUAUGAAGAGCUUGUAAAAGAAGUCGACACCUGGACGCUGCUGCACGCCCUCAACGCCCUCAUCAAGCCCGACGUCGUCCCGCCCUGGCUGCGGCAACCGCUCAUGCACACCCUGACGCUCCUCCCGCUGCGCGACGACGGCGUCCGCGGCACGCUGGAGCUCGUCUUCUCCGUGCACCCGAGCAACGCCGGCCGCGCCGACCCCUCCCCCUCUGGCGGGCAGGAGCAGCAGUCGCAGCCGCAGAAGCAGGGCGCCAGCAUCACGCAUGAGGCCGUCGCCGUCGCCACCAAGCUCCUCUCGUCGGUCCCGGCGGGCAUGGCCGCUGAAGCCUGGUUCGCGGGCAUCGCGGGGCAGAUCUUUGCGCUGGUGGACGGGACCGCGGGGCCGGACCUCGCGCGCACGGCGGCGCAGAUAGUGGGCUUUGGGAUCCUCGGCAAGAAAGUGUACGGCGCGCCGGGCGCGGCUGGCUGGAACGUGUUCGUGCAGCCGCUGCUGGAGGGGGUCAAUCCGUCGUUGCGGCAGAGCGGCGAGGUCAAGAAGGAGCAGGAGGAGGAGGAAGUCAUUGAUCUCUCGAGACCGCGGGUCCUCGUCGAAGCGGACAAGUUGCAACAAGCUAUCCAGCGCCUGGAGGUCUUGGUGCUGUCAAAUCCAUCGCCGGGUCUGUGCAAGAGAAUACUCGGCCGUGUUGUUCUGCAGGUAUGGGCUCUCGCAUCCUGGAACAAUCCCAGUGAGGCGGCGCAGAAAUCAGUACACAACCCCGCAAAGAAGCUGUUGCGGACAUAUUUACAGCUAUUUGGUAACCUCGAGAGCGUGAAGCCUCUCGUUUCGAAUCUCACUUGCAAAGGCUCUUCAUCAAUAAGCACGCCAUGGCGGUAUACGACAACGGUCGCGGGCGCGGUGGAAAUCACGGCACUUCCAGCCUCAGAUACCUCGCAACCACCAGAUCUAGACUGGACGGAUGUGGAAUACCGGGCAACGACAUUGGCAGAAUACAUUUCAAGCGCCUGUUCGGCAGAAGACACAUCUUCCAUAUUUUUGUCACUCCUACGGCGCUGGGUAGAAACUGCAGGAAAGCAGCAAGGAGACAACGACAUCGGCUUGAUCUCCCCUUCCCAGGCUGAAUCCGACAGCCCCAUGGAGGAUCUGAUGGAAGUUUCCGUAUUGCAGCAGCUGAUGGAAAAGGCGCCAGAAAAGCUCAUCAGUCACUUCGACCAGCUUCUCGAGCUCAUUACGCAAGUCUUUGAAGCAGACGCAAAAUCCCCGCUAGGAGAUGAAGUCAUUAGUGUUGUUCUCAGCUUGCUGAACUUGGCAGUCACAGCGCCUUCCUUUCAGAAAUCCGACAUCAAGCCUAGGGAGCUGCAAAUCGUGGAGCAAUCGCUGGACAGGCUGGCGCGAGGAGAUCGGUCAGAUGUUUCCGGGACGGCUCGAAACUUGGGCAUGCUGAUCAAGUAUCGCGACGAACUGGAUGACCCCGAUGACAAGGGCAAGGGGCCGCCAGAUGCCAGGAAGAUUGAAGACCGCAGAACAUACAACCUCGCCAUGGGCUACAUUACUGGCGACAAAGAGAACCCUCCGCCGAUCGUCGCAGAGGGUCUGAAGCUACUAUCCGGUCUGAUCACGGCAGAGAGCCCUAUCCUGGACAUCACAGCCAUCACCGUGCUCUUGUCAAAUCUUCUCAAAGAGAACGAGGACUACAUCAACCUGCAAGUCGUCAGGAUGUUCACACAGCUCGCCAACAAGCAUCCCAAGACGACGAUGAAGGAGCUUCUCGACAACUACCUCGACGCCCAGGAAAAGUCCACGACAGACACGCGUCUACGGUUCGGUGAGGCCCUGGUGCAGGUCAUUGAGCGGCUCGGUCAGACCUUUACCGGCGACCUCGCCCAGCAGACCGGCGAGACACUUCUCUCGAUUGCCGGCCGUCGAGGCCAUCGUCCCAAGACACUCGCCCGGCAAGCCAGAGAAGAACGCAUGCACAAGCUCAAGAACGAGAAGCGGGCCCGCCAAGAAGCCGCCGGUCUCGCGCCGCCGCGCGAGGAUGAAGAGGAAGAAAUGAAUACUGACGACGAUGAGGAAGAGCUGACCGAUGAGGACAAGGCCAAAAACGACGUCUUGGCGCAAAUCAUACAGGGAUGGGAGAGCAAGCGCGGCAGCGAAGAUAUUCGCAUGCGCACUUCGGCGCUGUCAAUCCUCGGCGCCGCACUCGAGAGCCAUCUCCGCGGCAUUGGCCCCGUGAUUGCCUCGGCGAGCGUCGACCUAUGCCUGCACGUGCUGACGCUGGAGCCGGAGCUGGAGCGGGGCAUCCUGCGGCGGGCGGCGAUUGUGGUGAUUCUGAGCUUUGUGCGCGCUCUCGCGGCCGCCCAGGAGGAAGCGUCUUCCUCAUACCUGGGCUUCGGGCUGACGGCGGAGAGCAGGGCUGAUAUCCAACGAUCGCUAGAGUACAUUGCGGCGACGGACAAUGACGGCCUCGUGAGGGAGCACGCGCGGGACGUCAUCGAGAGCCUCGAGACGUGGCGCGUGACGAGCAUGCUUCCGCGCGCAACAGACGCCGGCAGUAGUGACGGCGGCGGUUUGGCGAGGCUCGCGGGGCUGCAGGUGAACCCUGGCUUGAGUUCCGGACAGCAGCGGCCUAGGAUUGAAGAGAUUGAAUAG